GCGUGUGGAUAAUGUAGUGUAUAGCACGUGUGCGUAGUUUUCUUGCGCCAGUUCAAACGUUAAAAUAUGGCAGGCCUGGAGUUGUUGUCAGAUCAAGGAUAUCGUCUUGAUGGAAGAAAAGCUGCUGAACUGCGCAAAGUUCAAGCUCGUAUGGGUGUAUUUGCCCAAGCUGACGGGUCUGCAUACAUAGAACAGGGAAAUACCAAAGCGCUGGCAGUUGUGUAUGGCCCUCAUGAAGUGCGAGGCUCCCGCAGCAAGACGCUCCAUGACCGUGCUGUUAUCAACUGCCAAUACAGCAUGGCCACCUUCAGUACAGCAGAGAGGAAGAGGAGACCCCACGGGGACCGCAAGUCCACAGAGAUGAGCCUUCACCUCAAGCAGACGUUCGAGGCAGCAGUGUUGACUAAUCUGUACCCACGCUCUCAAAUUGACAUUUAUGUCAAGAUCUUGCAGUCAGAUGGAGGGAACUACAGCGCGUGUGUGAACGCCGCCACUCUGGCAGUAGUCGAUGCGGGCAUCCCCAUGCGUGACUAUGUGUGCGCCUGCACUGCAGGCUUUGUGGACGAGACUCCGUUGGCAGACCUGUGCCAUGCUGAAGAGAGUGGAGGGGGCACAUCACUGGCCCUGGCAUUGUUGCCCCGUGGCGGGCACAUCGCCCUGCUACAGAUGGAUGCCCGACUUCACCAGGACCACCUAGAGACACUGAUGGAGGCGGCAAUGACGGCCUGUAAGGGCGUCAGCAAAGUGUUGGACGAGGUGGUGAGGCAGCAUCUUCAGGAGGUGUCUGCGCUGACUGGAGAGUGAUGUAGCUUGGACUUUGGGGUAGAUUGGCCUGCGUGAAACAAUUUAUUUAUUGUACAAUCGUGUUAUGCUUUUGUAUGAAAUGCCUUAUAAACAAUUAAAUCUAAACCCAU